AUGGCAUCCCCCAACCCUUCUCUGAGUGACUCGAGCGACCAUUCACCUCUGGACAGGAAGAAUAAAGCUACUCAAAACGCAUACCCUGUUACAACGGUUUCGGUAAAGGAUAAAGUCCCAUUGCCUGGCAUCCCGCGCUCUCAGAAGACUCCAUGUGGUAAAACACACGCUGGGGAGGUUCAAAGAAGAACCAAUCGACGAGUUAAUUCUCCCCCCCCCCCUAGUGAAGGCCAGUCGAGUACCGGAAGCUCCACGAACACAUCUUCUCGAAGCAGCCGCCGAACCAACCGGUCCCAUGACAAUCAGGGUAACAAUGAUUCGGAUUCGGAGGAUGAACGAAAACGCCAUAGGCAUCCGGAUAGCGGGGAUGAUGAUGACGUUGGAGGAAUCAAACGGGGAAAGCGACCGGCCUCCCCUGUAUCUUAUUCUGCGGAGUCUCCAAGCCUACCUGCCAUGAUCAAUAUGGAGGAAGAAGAGCGCUUUGAUCGAACAAUAUAA